GCAAAGUUUCAUGUGACGAAAACGAUAGGCGGCGAGAUGAGUCCGUACUCUACACAACCCCAAGCGGUACCAAUCUCACUGCCUGCGCUCUUAACAAGCGUCGCCCUGCUCGUGCCUUCUCCCUCCAUUCGUCUCCACUACAGCAUAAGUAUGCGAACGCCUCAACCUCCAACCCCUCGCAAGCUAGCCAUCACAAGAUCACACUCACAACCAUACCAAAAGCUAAUCGUUAUCGUGAGACCACACUUGCAGCGCAUUGCAACAAUUUUCAUUUGAGCCUCGUCGUUGCAUUGCGUCUAUCUUCAAAUUUCUCUUACUCACAGUCACAGCAAGCACACACCACAUUGUCCCCUGUUUCUUGAAGCAGACUAUCGCUUCGCCAUGGGAGUUGCAAUUAGGCUGCUCUUUGCGCUGUUGAUGGCCGUUGCGCUCUUCGGUUACGGUGUUAGUGGAAGGAGCCACUUCCACAAGAAGCCGCCACAUGGUGGUGGCGGCGGCCGGCACAGGGGCGGUGGCAAGAAGGGCUCUGUUGUGUCGUCCCCGGCGGUUCCCCCGGCGGACGACAAUACACAGCCGGUGACGCCACCGCCACCGACGAGCAUUGUGCCCUCCGACCCGGCCACCCCGGUCGAGCCGGCUGAACCGUGCGUGUUCGACGUCCGGGCGUACGGCGCGGUGGGGGACGGCACAACGGACGACACCCAGGCAUUCAGGGAGGUGUGGAGGGCGGCGUGCGGCGCCGAGUCUGCUGUGCUGCUGGUGCCGUCAGAUGGCACGUUCACCAUCACAACCACCACCUUCUCCGGGCCGUGCAAGUCCGGCCUCGUGUUCCAACAGGUGGACGGCGUGCUGAUGCCGCCGGACGGGCCGGACUGCUGGCCUCCGUCUGACAACCGUCGGCAGUGGCUCGUCUUCUCCAACCUCGAUGGUAUGACCCUGCGCGGCGCCGGCACGAUCGAGGGCAACGGCGAGGACUGGUGGAACCUCCCCUGCAAGCCACACAGGGGUCCGAACGGGUCCACGCUGCGCGGCCCGUGCGAUAGCCCCACGCUAAUGAGGUUCUUCAUGAGCCACAACCUGGUGGUUGAGGGCCUGAGGGUGGAGAACAGCCCGGAGUUCCACUUCCGGUUCGACGGCUGCAGCGACGUGCGCGUCGACGGCCUGUACAUCAGCUCGCCGGCCGACAGCCCCAACACCGACGGCAUCCACGUCGAGAACACGGAGCGCGUCGCCAUCUACAACUCGAGGAUCAGUAACGGUGAUGACUGCAUCUCAAUUGGGACCGGGAGCUACGACGUGGACAUACAAAAUGUUACUUGUGACCAUGGACAUGGCAUAAGCAUCGGCAGCCUGGGCGUGCACAACUCCCAGGCGUGCGUGGCGAACGUGAAGGUGCGGAACGCGGUGAUCCGGAACUCGGACAACGGCGUGCGGAUCAAGACGUGGCAGGGCGGGAUGGGCGCCGUGUCCGGCAUCACCUUCGACACGGUGCUGAUGGAGAACGUGCGCAACUGCAUCAUCGUCGACCAGUACUACUGCCUGGACAAGCGGUGCAUGAACCAGUCCACGGCCGUGCAUGUCACCGACGUCUCCUACGCCAACAUCCGGGGGUCCUACGACGUCCGCAGCGCGCCCAUCCACUUCGCCUGCAGCGACACCGUGCCCUGUACGAACAUCACCAUGUCCGAGGUCGAGCUGCUGCCCUUCAGCGGCGAGCUCGUCGAUGAUCCAUUCUGCUGGAGCGCGUACGGGCUGCAGCAGACGCCAACGAUCCCGCCCAUCAGCUGCCUGCAGGAGGGGCUGCCCGAGUCCCUACUCGACAACCCGGACCUCAAAUGCCGAUAAGGCCAGCAAGCUACGACCUGUGCUAAUAGAAUUGAAUUGGUAUAUAUGUAGAGUGAGUUGAGUACAAACAUCACUUGAGUUAUGUGGAGCUGUACAUGUGUGGUUCCGCUCCCUCUCAGUAAACUUCAUAGUGGGUUUAGACUAGCUGACUGUGCCGGGCCGUGCUUUGGAUGUUGACGUGGUCUUGAGAACCAUAACUUUGACCACUCAUUUCUGCUGUAAUAAAUAAUUACAAUCACGGAUUAAAUUAUGAAACUUCCUUUUA